GAUGAACAAGAGAAAGCCAUUCUUCAGGUCCUUAAAGCUGAUAGGAAAAGCCAGCGCCUGGCACCAACAAGGCAGGAGAUGGAUGCUUUGGAACCAUUGAGCAAGACCCGCCACGGCCCUCCGAUCAAGUACAUAGACACACUGUCUGGGGAAGAUUACGUCAGCCAUAACUCACACCUGGGCUCCAUCUUCUCCAUUGCACUGUUGCGGCUCCAGCCAGAAGGCGACACAGGCCUGACACAGGACAUGGAGGGGGCCACCCUCCAGUGUUGUAUCCCAGCCGCUAUUGCCCCUUCAGAGAGGCCAUUCACCUGGUGACAAUAGUGUGACCUGCCACAGAUCUGCUUUGGAGCCAGUAUCAGUUUGCAGACUUGUUUUAUGGCUAACAACCUAGAUGGUUAGCAAGGAGGCUGGCUAAGUAAACCGAUAAGACUCUGGAAACGAAACCUAAACUCAACCAAGUCUGCGGAGAGACGACCUUCGUCGAAUGAGCCCCUAUAGCGAGAUCUCUACUCUCCAGGAGUGAGGCGCGCCUCCAGGGCACCACCAGCCCGAGACGGCAAGUUGGUGGUCGUGGGGCCGACAUGCUGCUGCCGGACAAUCGGACGGAGGUUUGGACCGACAUAUUGGGCUUCAACAGGACGGGUCUCGGUGCCGAGGAUGACCCGGGAGGUCCAGAGGCUGUAGCAGUUCCUGUGAUCUUCGGAGUUAUAUUUGUGCUUGGUGUUGUUGGGAACAGCUUGGUUAUGUUUGUCAUCGGCAAGAAUAAGUCCGGAAAGCGCUCUGGGAGCACCACCAACAUCUUCAUCCUGAACCUCAGCAUAGCAGACCUGUCCUUUCUGCUUCUUUGCGUCCCGUUUCAAGCAACUAUUUACUCUCUGCCUGAGUGGAUAUUCGGAGCGUUCCUAUGCAAAUUUGGACACUAUUUUGUCAUGGUUAGUAUGCUGGUGAGCAUUUUUACACUUGUGGCCAUGUCGGUGGACAGAUACAUCGCCGUGGUGCACUCCAAAAAGGCUCCGUGCAUUCGCAACCGGAGAAAUGCCCUGAUCGGAGUUGGUCUCAUUUGGGGAUUGUCCUUCAUCUUCGCCAUCCCAGUGGCACAUCACCAGAUCUUGACCAACCACCCCAACGCCCCUAACAGCACGUUUUGUUGGGAGGAGUGGAUCGGUGCAUCAAAACAAACAUAUAAAGUCACUAUUUUUGCGUUUGGUUAUCUGCUGCCUUUGGGGCUGAUCAUAUGCUGCUAUACAAAGGUAUUGUUUCAUCUACAUAAGAAGCUUAAGAAUAUGUCAAAAAAGUCUCAACGUUCAAAAAGAAAGACCGCCCAGACCGUACUGCUGGUGGUCACCGCCUUCACCAUCUGCUGGAUGCCCUACCACAUCAUCACAAUGUGGGUGGAGUUUGGCACAUUCCCCCUGACGGACGCUUCCUUCGUCUUCCGCAUCGCGGCCCACUGCCUCUCCUACGGGAACUCCUGCAUCAACCCCAUACUCUACGCCUUCUUGUCUGAAAACUUCCGCAAGGCAUGCCGCCAGGUUUUCAACUGCCAAUGCCUUCGUCCACCACCCCCUGUUGAGAAGGUGAAGCGCAGCCGCAUGGACACCUUCUCCACCACCCAUUCCGGCGCCAACAUAUGACUAGAGAGAGCAAUUUCCGGUUGGUGAAUUGUCCUUUCCGUGACACCUGGAAGGAGAAAGAAAUAAAGCAGAAACAAAGGGGAGGCAUGUGGCUCAGGAGGUAGAGCGGGCUGGCUGGUAAAGGGAAGGUUGUUAGUUCGAUCCCCGGGUGUCGAGGUGUCCCUGAGCAAGACGCCUCACCUCAAACUGCUCCCGACGAGCUGGCUGUCGCCUUGCAUCGUUGACACUAACAUGACUUAGGGAAUAUUGUGCGCUUUGUGUGGCCACUGUUUUAAAAAUGCUGUAUGAAUGCAGUCCAAAAAAUAAAGAAACACUGAAAAGGAAAACGUGGGCUCAGAUUAAAAUGAUACAAGGGUGUUGUGGCUAACUCUCAGUGCAGGGACAGAACUCUGAUACAAACAGAUCUGAUUGUUCAGCCUAUAGUGAAGCAAACACAAAGUACACUGACACAAAAGGGACUGCACAUUAUGUUUUCUAACUUUAAUAUGGGUUCAGCGUGAACAUUUAUGUGACAAAUGUGAAAAUCCAAAGGAAAGAACCUCAAUGGCAGAACUUGUGUAUUAGUGUUGAGAGACCUUCUUAAGAGAACGGAACAACGUUCAGCCCCAGUCUGCAUAGGCUGCUCAUGCUCCAUUCAUUAACAUCCACUAAACCGUGAGACCUGUUGCAAUGAGACAAACAAGGAAGAAGACCGGGACCCUAAACAGAAGAAGGCUAAGGCAAUUCAAUAGUGGAAGAGGAAAGAUAUCGGUGAGAAGUUAACUGUGCUCAUGCCUUAAGCUAUAUAUUGUAUAUAUUCUAUAUAGUGUGACUAAAUGUGAGGAAGCAGGUACAAUAUGUUGUAAAUAUUGUUUUUUGAAAUAUCGCUCAAGUAAAGAAAACCUGGUGAAGUUUGUGCUGAUUUUUUCUCCCACUUGAAUUUAAUCAAACACGUACCUCCC